GCAGAUUCUAACUUGCUCCGGAGGUAUCCCUCGACUGAGAUCUGACUUGUGAGGACCCCGGUGAACGUGUCUCCAUUUUGACCCAACCCGGCUCGCAGGGGUGAGACUGGCCGGUGUGUGAGAGGACCUCGCCAUGUUUGGCCCCCAUUCGUGCUGCCGCGGGCUGGGUCCGUACCGGGUGUGGGUCCUAGAGGCCGCCCGGCAAUGGGCGCACCGGCCCGGCGGUUCCCGACCGUGUGGCUCCGGGGCCGGCGAGCAGCAGCAGCGCAGGUCCGAGGCCAAGGCGGCGGGUCCGAGGCAGGAAUGGACCCUGCCCGUGAGCCCGUUCGGGCAGCUGCGAGCGCGCCUGCCGUGCCACCUGGCGCUCCGGCCCCUCGACCCGCUAGCCUACCCGGACGGCUCGCGCGUGCUCGUGGCGGUGAGCGGCGCCUCGGACGGGCCCGGGGGCCCCGGGGACCUGCAGGUGACGUACGACGAGGCGCAGAGGGAGGUGAGCAUCGUCUCGGACACCAUCCACCCGCAGGCCUCCGUCGAGGUGAACGUGCCUGUCAAGUUCGAUUUGAAUAUCAAAUCAUCAGGAUCUGGCAAUAUAAAAGUCAAUAAUAUUGAGUGUGAUCAUUGCAAGAUUGAAACUGAGCAGGGGUCCAGCAUUUUACAGUCCAUUAAGAGUCAAAAAUUAAAUAUUCAAUCAAAGGGUGGUGAAGUGAUCUGCCUUGGCACAGUUUAUGGAAAUAUCGAUAUUCAUGUGUCAGAUAAAAGUACUGUGACUAUAGAUAAACUGCAGGGAAGUUCUGUUAAUAUAUCUACUGAAGAUGGUCUGCUGAAAGCCAAGUAUCUUUAUACAGAAUCAUCAUUUUUAUCUUCUACUGCUGGGGAUAUUUCAUUAGGAAGUAUUCAUGGUGAUAUAACAUUAAAAAGCAUUGUGGGUAACAUCACAGUAGAUUCGUCUUCUGGAUGUCUAAAUGCCUUAACUGGUCAGGGUGCCAUAGAUGUUUAUAUCAGCCAACUGGGGACAGUGGAAUUGAAAUCUCAUAAAGGCUCUAUUCUUGUCAAGAUCACACCUUCUCUUCAAGCUGAUAUACAGUUGUCAGCAAAAGUGAUUGAUGUGAACUCAGAAGUCCAUAUUCAAGAAAAGAAUGAAGCUCAUCAAGAUAAUAUUGUAACGGUUACUGGUCUAAUGAAUCAAGCAAGCAAAUCUGGAAAAUGGAUUAAGGCUGAUGCCCCAAAAGGCAGUAUAAGAGUCAGAAGUCAGAACUGGUUUCAGUCCAUGAAACUGCAGAACUAAGAAUGGUCUGAAUUGUACUUAGAUCUGUAAUGGAAAAAAAUGUAAAUUUACAUUUUAUAUAAAUGCUGAAGAAAUAUUGGAAAGAAUACUAGUGAAUUUUUCAAUUUUUUUUUUGAAAAAAAAUAUUGGCUUUUUCAGGGCCAAUUUAUUCAUCAGCUCCCAAUUAUGCAAAACAGAAAUACAGCAUGGCUAAGUUCUGUGUUCCCAACACAGAAAACCAACACCAAAUUGACUGGGCUGAGUUUUCUUUCAUCUGAUUGCUUUGGCGAAAGAAUCUAUUUCAAAGGUCACUUUGUAAUGCUGGCAGAGUAUGGCACUUUCUAACUAGAGGACAGAGGCCUCUUGUUAGUUAUGAGUUAGCCAUCAUACAAAACUUCCUGAGGCUACCACAUCUCUCAUCUCUUCUCAUGUUGCCCUCUUCAUCUUUAAGCCAGCAAUGAUGGAUUAACUUUCUUGGCUUUGAAUAUAUGAGUUUUUGCCUCCAGCUAGAGAAAACUUUGCUUUUAAAUAAACACUUGAGGCUACCCAGAAUAAUCUUUUUAACUCCCUUGCCACAGUUAUACCCUUUGCAAUCAUGGAAAUCAGUUUUUCACUCAUACUCGGGAAGCUGUUUUACACAAAAGCAUAGUAAGAGGGAUUGAUGGUCAUCAGAGAAUUCUCUCUAGAAGAACUUUCCUGUAAUGUGUUUUUUACUUAGGAAAUUGUGAUGAGUUUAAAUUUAAACUAUGUAUGAAGCACAGAAAUGUGUUGUGGGCUGGAAAGACAGUACAGGAACACAUACUUGAUGAGUGAAAGGAUCUGAUUUUGGUCCCUGGCACUACCGGUGUUGCCUUGAAAGCCCAUCAGCACUGUUGUGCCCAAGAAGCACCUUGUCAUUAGCACUGAAUAAUCCAACUUGAUUUCUAAUAAACGUUUCUAAAUAAUGCCCUUUAUAAUAAUCUUUCUUGGGUAAUUACUUAUAUACAAUUUUGUCUCUCUUUAACUUUUCUAUGAAACAAAAACUCAGCUUUGUGGGCUGUUUAAUGACUAAAAAGAAAAUUUAGGAAAUUAACAACAGCCAGGAAAGGCAUGAGAUAGCAGUCAACUAUAUAUAUUUUUCUUUU